CAGCGUGACCCGGUACACUGGUGAUAGCUCGAACAGCAAAUGUCCUGCAAGACACAGGUCUCCUCUCUGGGACAGUACUCCUGCGGUAGUCACUGUUCUGAGGGGAAAAGGCCGUUCCGACAUCUCGACAUCCUUAGCCGCAGGUUCCUCCCCGUUUUGGCCUCAGUAGUUUCCACCAACGGGCAGGGCGGAAAGUUCCGGAAGAGUGUCGAUGCACUUCCGGGUCGAAGAGCUCGCGGCGGCGGCGGCGGCGGCUGUCCGGCCUAGUUGCGGUCGCGUUCGGACAGAGGCGGGAUCGUCUAGGAGCGUCUGGGAGGCGCGAGGUUCCCGGAGCUGAACUCCAAUGUGUAGCCAUGGAUGAUGACAGUUUGGAUGACCUUGUGGCUCACAGCCCUGGACCAGAUGGACACCCACAAGUUGGCCCCUCAGAACUGGCCAGUGAUGCUGAAGAAAGCAGCAGUGGCCACAGUGGAGACUCGGAAGAUGAUACAGGCAGUGAGCAUGAAGAUGGCACAGAUGAGGAGGAAACAGAGGGGCUGUCUGAGGAGGAAGACCCAGAAGAUAGAUCUGGUUCUGAAGAUUCAGAAGACGGAGUAGAAAUGGCGGCGGCGGCGGCAGCAAUGGGGACUCAAGGGAAGCUAGAAGCCAGCAGUGCCCCCAUUUCGGAUGAUGAUGCAGAGAGCUGCCCCAUUUGCCUCAAUGCAUUCAGGGACCAGGCUGUGGGCACCCCAGAGACGUGUGCCCACUAUUUCUGCUUGGACUGCAUCAUUGAGUGGUCCAGGAAUGCCAACUCCUGUCCAGUUGAUCGAACAAUAUUUAAAUGUAUUUGUAUUCGAGCCCAAUUUAAUGGUAAAAUCUUAAAGAAGAUUCCAGUGGAAAACACUAGAGCCUGUGAGGAUGAGGAGGCGGAGGAGGAAGACCCAACCUUUUGUGAGGUGUGUGGCAGGAGUGACCGUGAGGACCGACUUCUGCUCUGUGAUGGCUGUGAUGCUGGGUACCACAUGGAAUGUUUGGACCCUCCUCUCCAGGAGGUGCCUGUAGAUGAAUGGUUCUGCCCAGAGUGUGCGGCCCCUGGUGUUGCUCCCACUCACGAUGCAGCUCCUGUGAGUGAUGAGGAGAUCUCCCUAUUACUGGCGGAUGUAGUGCCUACUACCAGCAGGCUUCGACCUCGAGUAGGCAGGACCCGGGCCAUUGCUAGGACACGACAGAGUGAGAGAGUGAGGGCAACUGUGAACCGGAACCGGAUCUCCUCUGCCAGAAGGGUCCAGCAUGUGCCAAGAUAUCUCAUGUCUUCUCUGCUGGAUGAAACCAUCGAGGCUGUGGCCACUGGUCUGAGCACUGCUGUAUACCAGCGUCCCUUGACACCCCGUGUCCCUGCAAAACGGAAAAGGAAGGCAGGGAGACGGAGGAAAGUGCUGGGAAGAAAGAAAACCCGGUCCAGGCCAUCUGUGAAAAGUAAGAGCGGGGGUGCUAGAGCCAAGAAACGGCAGCACCGUGUGCGGAAGACGAAAGGGAGGAGGCUGAAGAAUGAAGUCACAGCUCGUUCUCGCAUUGCACGAACACUAGGCCUCCGCAGACCUGUCCGUGGUACCAGCAUGCCAUCAGUGUACAAACCAGUGGACCCCUCUCUGGGGCUCAUGAGGGCAGAUAUUGGAGCAGCUUCUCUGUCUCUGUUUGGAGAUCCCUAUGAGCUGGACCCUUUUGACAGUGUCCCCUCCAGCAAUGAAGAGCCAUCUGCAGAUCCGCCUUCCCCUUUGAGUGCCAAGAGGAGAGUGCUGUCCCGCUCAGCCUUACAGUCUCACCAGCCUGUGGCCAGACCUGUGGCCCUGGGGCUCUCUAGGAGGCAGCUCCCUGCUGUGGCCCCAGAGCCCAGUGUGGAGGAAGCGCCUGUUCCUGACCUCCUGGGGAGCAUCUUGUCUGGCCAGAGCCUCCUCAUGAUGAGCAGUGCGGAUGUUGUCAUCCACCGGGAUGGCUCUCUCAGUGCCAAGAGAGCAGCUCCUGUUUCUCUUCAGCGUAAUUCUGUGACUCAAUCCAGAGAAGAGUCCAGGCCCAGAGACAACCUGCAGUCUGGGGCACUACCCUCAGGGAGCGCAUCUAGUGGACUCAUGGGAGACAGGCAACAGAGCUCAGGGCUGAGCUGUGGGGACAGAGCAGCCCCACGCUGUAUCCCUGGCCGCACAGUGGAGACCCCUGUAAGGUUGGACUCAUCAGUGACCCCACGUUCAAGUCAGGCUGGGAAUCUUUGGAAUGAGAGCAGACCUACAUUGAAGCAGAAUAACAACCCCCAGCUUAAUGGCUCCAACACACGGGCAUUGCCUCUUGGUUCUGCCUCAUCUAAGAUGACUGCUCACUCUAACGUUCUGUCUAGAAAUACAGCUCUUGUGCGUCCCCAGAAAACAGAUCCCAGGAGACCUGAUAUCUCAAAGCUACCCAGGAUACCAAAGAUCCAUAGGGACCGCAGUGACGGCUCACAGGACCAGGCCCCAGCCAGUGGGCAGACCGUGGAGCUCCCCAGCACUUGCAUCAGCCGCCUGACUGGCAGGGAAGGCCCCGGGCAGCCAGGGCAAGGCCGGGCUGAGAAUGAGCCCAGCAGCAGGGGUCCCCAAGAGACUGGCUCACACACAGGUGGUUCUCGCCCUUCUGCCCCCAGCUCCCAUGGCAGUGUGGCCCCCCUAGGGCCCUCAAGAGGAAAGAGCAUUGGGUCUACCUUUGAAAGCUUUAGGAUCAACAUCCCUGGGAACACCGCACAUUGCAGCCAGCUGUCCAGUCCUGGCUUCUGUAACACAUUCCGGCCAGUAGAUAGCAAGGUGCAGAGGAAGGAGAACCCUUCACCCCUCUUCUCCAUCAAGAAGCCAAAACAACUCAAGAGUGAAAUCUAUGACCCCUUUGAACCCACUGGCUCGGACUCCAGCCCUCCUAGCAGCAGCCCUGAGAGUCUUGGCCCAGGUCUCCUGCCCUCUGAGAUCACGAGAACUAUCUCCAUCAACAGCCCAAAGGCCCCAGCCUUCCAGACUGUUCGCUGUGUUACUUCCUACAGGGUAGAAAGCAUUUUUGGGACUGAGAUGGAACCUGCUGAGCCCCAGCCCCCUAAUGAGCCUGUGUCUGGCAUGCUGGAGUUCCUGGGCAAGGAACCUGCUGAAGGAGCCUCUGAUGUGGAACAAGAAGGACUCAGGGAGAUGGAGUCUACAGAGAUCCAGGGCUCUGCAGCCCGAACUCAGCGGCCAUCCCCACCAGACCCUUGGGAUGAUGAAGAUGGAGUGUCUUGUACACCCUUCUUUGGUUCUGAGGAACGGACAGUGACAUGUGUGACUGUUGUGGAGCCAGGUGUUCCACCGAGCCCAGAUGCUCCCCAGAUAACCACCCACAGGAUUGUGGAGCUCAGGGCCCCAUCCCGUUCCCGUUCCACCUCCAGCUCCCGCAGCAGGAAGAAAACUAAGAAGAAGAAGGUUGCCAGAGAGCACCAGAGGACACGCUCCAGCACUCGUUCUGGCUCCAGGGACAGGACCUCACGCUCAGUGUCUCCAGCGGCUGAGGAACAUGCCAAAAGGCACAGAGCCAAGGCUAAGAGUCGGAGGUCUUCGAGUGACCGUGCCAGCAGCCAGGACAGAGCAAAGAGAAGGAGGGACAGGGACAGAGAGCGGAGGCGGGGCCCCUGGGGUCAUGGCAGGUGCUGGAGGAAGUCUAGGUCCCGCUCGGGGAGUCCUGACAGUUCUUCCUGUGAGCGCCAUGAGAGUAAGAGACGGAAGAGGCGCCAUUCAGGGUCCAGGUCUCGAGGCAGGGACUGCUCACCCCACAGCAGCCUGGAGAGGGACCGGAGACACAAGCAUCGGGAGCGGAGCCGAGAGCGGAUGGAUAAGAAGGAGAGUAUGACUCGGUCCCGGGAGAAAAGGAGGUAUCGGUCUCGGUCCCCCAGCGUGGAGCAUAGGCCACGGAGGCCACGUUCCCGUGAGAAGCGGCCCCAUUCCCCAGAGAAGAAGGUGGCUGUGAGGGAGGUUUCCCCAGCCCCCACUGCACAGGGGGAACCAAGGCAGGAUGGAACCCACCCUGCCGAGCCUCCGGUCUUAGAAGUAAGUGUCCUGCCAGAGGCGGUUCUGGCCAACCUGAACCCGCCAGAAAUCCCCGCUCCUGUCCUGGCAGAGCCUGUUGAGUGUGUGCCUGAGGACCUAGACUACGGUGAUUCUGUGGAGGCAGGCCACGUCUUUGAGGAUUUUUCAAAUGAAGCCAUCUUCCUUCAGCUCGAUGACAUGAGCUCCCCUCCUUCCCCUGAGAGUACAGACUCCUCCCCUGAGCGAAACUUCCCAUCAAAUCCCCCAGUGCGCCUAGCCAGCCUUCCACAGGACACUGCUCUACCCACCAUCCAGAGGGAAGUGUUACUGGUUCACAGUGAUGGUAUCUCAAAGCCUGCACCCCAGGCAUUGACCCCUUCACCCCAGUGCCUGCUCAGGCAGGACGCUGUAGAGACCACUACUGCAACUCUUAGCACCCCGGAUGUGGUGCUCAUGGGAAAGGACAGUCCUUUGCUAAGUGGAAGAGGAUGUGAAACAGUCGGGCCCAAGGAUGCUGUGGCCCAGGCCCCAGUGCUGCGGUCUAGAACCCUGGUGAAGAGAGUCACCUGGAACCUUCAGGAAGCAGAGGACAGCGCCCCAGCCCUGGACAGAGUUCCAAGGACACCACUUCAGAGGUCACAGAGGCCCCAGGAAGGAGACUGGGAUGCAGAGGACAGGGCCCUCAUAGGAGCUCAGCAGGCACCAUUCUCCGACCUGCCCCCUCCCAUCCACGUGCUCCAGGAGUCUGGGUUACCUGAUGCAGAUCCCUCUCAGCCCCCUGGUGCUUCCGGGGCAGAAGGGCUGCCAGCUGUUGGGACUCUACACUCAGCAGCGGGUAUUCUUACCCAGGUUUACAGCCCCAACAUGCCACCACCCCUGGCUCAGCCCUCAAGCAUCCUGCCCUAUGCACUGGUCAGCCAGCCCUCAGUCCAGGUGAUGCUGCAGGGGACCCUCCCCCUAGCAGGCUGCAGUGCAGCCCAGAACCUAGUCCCAGUGCCCACUAUGCCAGCCACAACCUCAGAGCUAGCUAUUCCAACCACCACCAACAACUCAGAGGAAAAGACUGCUACUCCCAAGUCAGCGGCUGAGAAGACCAGAAAAGAGGAGUACAUGAAGAAGCUGCACAUGCAGGAGCGGGCUGUGGAGGAGGUGAAGCUGGCCAUCAAACCCUUCUACCAGAAGAGGGAAGUGACCAAGGAGGAGUACAAGGACAUCCUGCGCAAAGCUGUGCAGAAGAUCUGCCACAGCAAGAGUGGUGAAAUCAACCCUGUGAAGGUGGCCAACCUGGUGAAGGCCUAUGUGGACAAAUACAGGCAUAUGCGCAGACACAAGAAGCCUGAAGCUGGGGAAGAGCCACCCACUCAGGGUGCUGAGACCUGAGACUGGCCACUGUGGGGAGAUGUCCCCAGUGGGAAAGAAACGGGGCUACCAGCACUCCUGGCUCUGAGCUUCCCAUGACACCUGUCUGCACCUGUCUUACUUACAAGUGAAAACUGGACUUUUUUUAUAUGUAUAUUAUAGAUACACUGUUUCCAUUGUGUUCUAAUUUAUCAAAAAUGGCUUAUCUUUAGAAA